AUGAAAACAUUGCAUUUCCAAGAUUAAACAUUCAUCUAACCUUAUUAUACUCCUAGAGGAGAUUCCUAUAGAUUUGAUUAUCAUAAAUAAUAAACUAUGUAGCUUUUGAAUAAGGUUAAAAGACAUCUUUAAAAAUGUGACUCAAAUAGAUAUCGAAGUGAGAGAAGAUCACCAGUUGAUGUUAAGUAUUUAGAUAAUCAAUUGAGAGAUGAAGUUAAAGAUGAUUAUGUAGAAUAAAAUGCAGACCAAGAGUUUAAAAUCUUAAAUGGAACAUGUUUGAAAGAAAUGUUAGCAUAUAACAACAUUUAAGAUGUGCGUAAAUUAGAUGAAGAAUAAGAGUUUGCAUAAACUAUGAUGCCAAAGUAAAGAAGAUUAAAGAAAUUAUAAUCGACUAUAUUAGUUACUAAACUAGUAAGAGCUAAAGGUAUAGAUAAGAAGUCAAUCCAGUAAAUUGAUAAAGAAAAAUUAGAAGAAUUCAUGUCAAUCCACAAAGAUUAAAUAAAAGCAGAUAAAAAGUCUAAAUUAAGUAAACUGAAACUUCCCAAUAUUCCAGAAGCAUCUUCUAGAAGAUUUUAGAGAGCAACCAUAACAACUUUCAGAGAGUUUAAAUAAAAUUCAUCUGAAAUUGAUGGUUCGCCUUUGGUGUAAAGAUAAACUUCAUUAACAUUAAUAUCAGAUACUAAAAUUCCUAUAGUGAGGUAGGGACAAUCGAAAAAAACAAUUGGUUUAUUAAUUGAUAGAAUAAAUGAAGAAAAAACAUCAAUAAUUGAAUAAAAGAAAGACAUCAAAACUUCAAUAGCGAAAGUAUAGAAACAUUUUGAUAAAAUAGAUAUCUUUAGUAAAUUAGAUAGACAAGAAAAAUUUAAUUAUUUAAAAUUUGAGUAAAGAAUUUUUGGUAAAGGUAAACACAAGAGAUACUUUUGA